AUGCCGGCUCUUCUUCUGCUCUUGCUGUUGAGCAUGGGCGGAGAGUUGGUCUCGUGCUCGUCCGCCGACGAGGGCCAGUUCGCCUUCCAGGGCUUCGCAGCGGCGAACCUUACGCUGGAUGGUCUCGCCGCCGUCAUGCCCAACGGCCUGCUCGCGCUCACCAACUUCACUCUCCAGACAAAAGGCCAUGCCUUCAACCCCACCCCUCUCCGCCUCCUCGACGUCAACGGGACGACCAACUCCACUGCCGUGGCGCGCUCCUUCUCCACGUCCUUCGUGUUCGCCAUCGUGUCCAACUACGAUGGCCUGAGCGACCAAGGGCUCGCCUUCGUGGUCGCCCCGACCACGAACCUCUCAACGGCGAUCGCCGGGCAGUAUCUGGGCCUCCUCAACGCCACGAACGGCACCGCGAGCGACCACAUAUUUGCUGUCGAGCUCGACACCAUCAUGAACCCCGAGUUCCGCGACAUCAACAGCAACCACGUGGGCAUCAACGUCAAUAGCCUCAUUUCGCGGAAGGCCACGCCGGCCGGCUACUACGGCGAUGACGGUGCCACCUUUCGAGGCCUGAUGUUGAACAGCCGCGAGCCGAUGCAGGUGUGGGUGGACUACGAUGGCCAGGCCAGGCAACUCAAUGUGACAUUGGCUCCUGCGCAAGAGCCCAAACCCAGGUAUCCUCUCCUCUCUGAAGCCAUUGACCUCUCCACUGUGCUCACGGACACAAUGUAUGUUGGCUUCUCGUCGUCAUCCGGCGUGGUGUCGACGCACCACUAUGUGCUUGGAUGGAGCUUCAGCUUGGACGGGCCUGCCACGCCGCUUGAUUUCUCUAAGCUUCCAGCACUGCCGCGUGUGGGUUCGAAGCAUCGGCCCAUGCUCUUGGCUCUCUUGCUACCAUUAGCCACCGUAUCGAUCAUCGCCGCGGUGCUAGCUGCCACCUCCUUCUUUGUGUGGCGUCGGCGUCGAUUUGCUGAGGUGCGUGAAGAUUGGGAGGAUGAGUUCGGCCCACACCGGUUCGCAUACAAAGAUCUAUUUCGUGCCACUGAUGGAUUCAAGAAUGGAAAUUUACUCGGUGCCGGAGGGUUUGGCAAAGUAUACAAAGGGGUACUUCCUGGAUCCAAUAUGGAAAUCGCGGUGAAGAGAGUAUCACAUGACUCAAGACAAGGUAUAAGAGAGUUCAUUGCUGAAGUGGUGACCAUUGGUCGUCUCCGCCACAGGAAUCUAGCACAGUUACAAGGCUAUUGCCGGCGCAAUGGUGAACUUCUCUUGGUGUAUGACUACAUGGAAAAUGGGAGCCUUGACAAGUACUUGUACAAUAACAAUGGGCCAACUUUGGAUUGGCCUCAAAGAUAUUGGAUCGUCAAAGGUGUUGGGUCAAGUUUACUGUAUCUUCAUGAGGAUUGGGAACAAGUCGUCAUCCACCGAGAUAUAAAGGCAAGCAAUGUGCUCUUGGAUAAGCAGAUGAACGGAAGGCUCGGCGAUUUUGGCCUAGCAAGGUUAUACGAUCAUGGCACGCAUGCUCAAACAACACAUGUGGUUGGCACUAUGGGAUACCUCGCACCAGAACUUCUACGCACUGGGAAGGCAACACCUUCAACGGAUGUAUUUGCAUUCGGCGUGUUUCUCCUAGAGGUUGUCUGUGGACGCAGGCCCAUUGAGAGUGGUCAGCAUAACAACAGGGUGGUGCUGCUCGACUGGGUGCUUGAGCACCAUCGCAAUGGCUCAAUCAUUGACACAGUGGAUCCACAUCUCAUGGGCAAAUUUAACACAGAUGAGGUCACUCUUGUGCUCAAACUAGGUUUGUUGUGUGCACACCCGUCACCCAAUGUUAGGCCUCAUGUGCAAAAGGUCAUGCAAUACCUCGAUGGUGUCCAAUUAGUUCCUGAUUUACCAUCGACAUACAUGAGCUACAGCAUGCUUGCUCUCAUGGAGAAUGAAGGGUUCGAUUCAUACAUCAUGGCAUGCCCUCCGUCGGGGAUGAGCAUUUGUAGUGUAUCCGACAUGUCAUCAGCAACAGUUCUUCUAGAUGGGAGAUGA